AUGGCCGACGUAACCACGAAACCAAAGCUGUCUCAGGUCUCCCUCAUUUUUGCCAAGCUCUACGUACAUGGCCAGCUGACAUGUGCCGUAGACUUGACACGCAUCUAUGGUGCCGCCGCCCUCAAUAGCAGUACUGAUUACAGCAACACUCUUAGUAGCGUUGCGUUUGCUGGGUUUGUUGUCGGAAUGCUCGCGUUUGGCUGGCUAUCCGAUAAACUUGGGCGCAAAUUUGGCAUGCAUCAUCGCAUUUUUUCCCUCCUCUCCGCUGCGUCUGCAGGUGCACAUGGUAGCCUAUCCGGUCUUGUAGCUAUGCUCAGUUUCUGCCGGUUCAUGCUUGGUAUUGGUCUUGGAGCUGAAUACCCCUGUGGUUCAGUCUCUGCCUCGGAACAGUCUGAGGAGCCGGGUAUUGCGAAGUUUUCCCAGCAUCGUUGGCUUAUUCUAGAUACCAACACCAUGCUCGAUGUUGGUUUUGUUAUUGGUGCUUUCGUGCCUUUGGUGCUCUACUGGAUUUUCGGCGAUAAUCACCUGCGCGCGGCGUGGAGGAUGUCUCUGGGCCUUGGCUUUAUCCCGGCCAUGGCAGUCUUCUUUUGGCGCCUGAAGAUGGAAGAACCCACACGCUACAAGAAGUCCUCCAUGAAGAACGUGCGCAUCCCGUACAGUCUUAUCAUCAAGCGAUAUUGGAAGAGUUUCCUCGGCCUUUCCAUUGCCUGGUGCAGUGCAAUUACCGGCGGAGACUCUUCCCUCACCGUUGUAUUCGGUUUCAACGUGGUUAUUAAUUUAUUCUACAUUCCCGGCACCGUGAUCGGCGCAUUCGUUAUUGACUAUCUUGGUCCCAAAGUCACUAUGGUUGUCUAUGGGAUAUUCCUCAGUCUCGGAGAGUUUGGUCCCGGUAAUUGCUUGGGCGUCUUGGCCGCAAAGAGCGGCCCCACAGCGGUCCGCGGACAGUAUUAUGGCGCAGUUGCUGCCGUCGGUAAAGUGGGUGCCUUCGUUGGCACUGGGGGUUUUGGCGGAUCAAGCAGCAAAAUGGGGGAGACUGGGCCUUUCUGGAUCGGCAGUGGCCUUGCGAUUCUCAGCGCUAUCGUUGUCUUUAUGUUAGUGAAGCCGCUCACUCACGACGGUAUGGCCGAAGAGGAUUAG